AGGAGGAGGGGAGGGGAAGGGCGGAGAGAAGAAAGCCCACAGAUCGACCCCACCUUCCCCAAACUGCCUGGAAGCAGAGCCCACAGGCCCCAGGCUGGCCCCUCCCCUGGAGACUUGGCCAAAGUGUCAGACCAGGAAGUAUCAUUCCGUCACUGGGCAUUCAGGGGUUAAUGAGGGGGAGUGGACAGGACCCUGGUAUUUAACUAAUGCGGAGAGGCCUUGAGAUCAGAGGCACCCCUGCUGACUUCCUUCUCCUGCAGCCCAGCUUCUCUACUCCCUGCACCCUCCCCUCCCAGCAGAAUGAAGCUUCCCCCUCUUCUGACCUUACUUUGCCUCAUGGCAGUGGCCCUGGCUGUCGGGAACCUGGUCCAGUUCGGGGUGAUGACUGAGAGAAUGAAAGGGCAGCCUGCACUGCAGUACAUUGACUAUGGCUGCUACUGUGGUUUCGGCGGCUCCCACGGGCCAGUGGACCAGACAGACUGGUGCUGCCACGCCCAUGACUGCUGCUAUGGGAGUCUGGAGAAGCUGGGCUGUGAACCCAUAUUGGAAAUGUAUCUUUUCUCUGCCAGCAGGCACAGCAUCUUCUGUGCCGGCAGAACCACCUGCCAACAACAGACCUGCGAGUGUGACAAGAGGGCUGCUCUCUGCUUUCGUGACAACCUGGGCACCUACGACCGCAAAUAUGCCCGUUACCCCAACAAGCUGUGCACCGGACCUACCCCACCCUGCUAAGGCUGUGCUCCGCUUCUUCCCUGCGGCCCCCUGCCCUCCAGCUGCUGGAGCCCCAGACCUCCGGAACGUUGGCACCAAAGCCCCUCCCUCUGGAAAAUUCCUUUCCUGCAAACCCAUCCCUCCCUGAGAGCUCCCAGAUGAGGAAGAGCCAUGCCCGGGGCCCUUUAGCACCCAGAAGAUUCUAUAACCCACCCCCUGGGAUCUCAGUUCCCUCUUCCGAAUAUGUGAAUGAUAUUUUCCCAUAAUUCUAAUACUGAUCCUCAGAUUCUAUCAUUGUAGGGCUUAAUUAGUCUACAGUUUCAUGCAUUCAUUCGUUUUUUGAGCACCCACCAUGUGCCAACAAUGUGCUAAGUACUGGGACACAGCGUGGGUCUGACACGGAUGGCCCCUGUGCACAGUUCUGACAUUCUGUCCUUUUAAUUUCCCAUUACAGUGAGUUUUUGUGAUUCUCUUUUUCUAACAUUCCACCAUCUUAUCCAAGAUAAUAAUGGCAAUCUCUAGAAGGAAUGUUUCUGGCCAUAUGGCAUAAUGUGAGAAGCACGCAAAAUACCAACCUAAAAAUAUUGUCCCCACCAUGUCAUCAGGCUUCAAAUCCCUCCCAUUAGAAGACUGGCUCAAAGUGAAAAGAAGCUCUCAAAUCACCUUUUUCGAAGCCCUCCCUUGACAGAUGGGCAUCCGGGGCUCAGAGAGGGAAAGUUCUACCUGAAGGGGUGUCCUCACACCCAUGCCAGUGUGCCUUCAUUUCUUCAUGAGUGGGUAUCAGUCACUGACACUCUACCCCUCUGGUGGCCAUCUUGGACAGCCUAGGGUGCCCAGGGAAGGUCAGCCGUGAGGAUGCCCAGGCCAGGUCGGGCUCCUGAUACAGGGAGGGGAAGAGGAAAGGUUUCAACAUCCAACACCCUAGGGCCAACUCUGGAGCCAAUUUAAAGCACCAAAGGAUUCCCAUCAAAUGGAAUGCAGCCUAUCUGGGAAGCAAUGAACUUCAGCAGAUUCUACUCCUACAUAUAGAUAUAUCUCCUCUAUCUAUAAUAUGCUGAUAAAAUCUUCCAGGAUUGGGAUGAGCCUAUUCAAUGAGAUAAAGCAUGUAAAAAAGCAUCGCACAGGCAACGCUCUCAGCGGCCAGGUAAUAAACAUCCACUCCCUUUGUCCAUUUCAUGGCACAUGUGCAACUUUCAGGACUUUGAGGGCAGGAAGGAGCCUGAAGCCAUCAAAUCGAUGAUCAUCAUACAUUUUAAAAGGUGAAGAAGUUCUGUGCUAGCAAAACAAACACAAACAAACAAAACACGAGAGGGGCAGAUGUGUGUGCUUUGUGGCUGUGACUUGACUCAAAUCCUUGGCGAAUAAUCACCAGACCAGGUCGUAAAGCACAGUGUGUGUGGGUGGGGAAGAGAGCACAGUGUUUGUUGGGAAGAGUGGUCCUGAGGCGCCCUCUGUUGUCCAUUUUGUUCAGGCUAAUAGGUGGAAACAAAUUUGGCUUAAGCCUGAAUUUCCCUUCAUCAUGGGGGCAAAGUAUGUUUCUGGUCUAGUGAAACCGGUCGCUUCGCACUUUCAGUAAUCAUAUGCUGAGAAAUAAUCAGUAAGUCCUUACAGACAUCUUAGAAUGAUGGUACGACUGCAUACACGAGAAACACAGGAAGAAGGAACCGACCUGCGGGAGAUGGAGAGAGGUGGUGCUCUGGGCGUUAUGGAUUCAAGGCAGCGAUGGAAGGAGUACCUUGUCAUGUUACAGUUGCUUAACCAUCUGACAGGGUGAAAACUGGAACUUAAGAACAAGCCUCGGUGCAGUCUGUUUUUCGAAGAAUCAAUAAAUAUUUGGUGAAUGCAAGAAUGA